AUGUUGGUAGACUUGAUAAAGAAGAGUUCGCAAGAAACUAACGCAUCAUUAGAGAGGAGUUCGCAAGAAGCUAGAGAAAGGGAAGAAAUAUCCCGAGAAUCAUUAGAGAAAAGUCUCAGAAAAUCACUAAGGGAAGAUUUACGAGAAUCAUUAGAGAAGAAUUCACAAGAAACUAAAGCAUCGUUAGAGAAAAAUUCACAAGAAACUAAAGCAUCGUUAGAGAAGAGUUCACAAGAAACGAGAGAAGCACUAAAGGAAGAUUUACAAGAGAUCAAAACAUCACAAAUGAAGAUGGAAUAUAAUUUGAAGAAGGAAAUGCAGGAGUUGCAAGAACGACUGAAGAUGGACAUCGACGAGAGAGAAAAGAAGCUACAGAAGAGCAUAGACCAAGUCCAGGGAGACGUGGAAAAGGUGGAAGGAAAGUUAACAAAAAAGAUAGAAAACGAUAUUGAAGAAACGAAAGCCGAAUUGGGAGAAAGAAUCAACGAAGUGGAAACAAAUUGCAAUCAUCGAAUCACCGAGGUGACGCAGAUGCAGAAACAAUGCAACGAGGCGGUUAAGGGGAUAGGAGAUAGGCAAAACCAACUAGCUGUCAAUCUGAGAAAUGCUAUAGCCGUGCAACGAGAAGAAGGUAACAAGAGGGUUGAAAUGGAGGUCAAGCAGUUACACCAGGGAGUGCAGCAAUUGGAAAGCAAGACAGAAGAAAUUGAUAGACGAAUUAGCAAUGCCACCUUAGCCGUUGGGGGAGGGAUAGAUUGGUUGAAUGAAGUUGAUGCAGUAGUGAGUUUUGAUGAAGGUACUAUCAAAGUCAAAGGAAGAAAGGGAGAAGAGAAGAGGUUGAAAUUUGCUGAGGGGAAUGCGAUCGAAGAAGGGGAAGAGUUCAGAAGAAUAAAUUUGUGUCACGAAGAGGAACCCAACAUGGGAUACGGGGAAGAGGAACCAGGAGCAGAAGUAUUAAUAUACCUUGAGGGAAUAGCACGAGAGGAUAGACAUAAAGAGGACAAGAUCAGAAAAAAAUUGGAGGAGAUGACGCAACUAGAUGAGAGGACUAAGAAGAAAUUAGCUACAGAAGCGGCGUCGCGCUGCCCCCUGAGGGGCAUCCCCGGCGGCGUGUCGCAUCACAGCGUCGCCGAGUGCGGCCCAGGAAAUGAAUGGGCGUCUCCCAGCGACCACUAA